AUAAGGGGGGCCGGCGGUGGGCGGAGCCUGGAGCCCGAGUCCGGGGUCCGUCGCGGUGCUGGGGGCAGGGGCUGCGCGCGCCCAGGGUGUUUGCAGCAGGCAUGUCAGACCACGAGGCUGCUCAGCCCCCCACAACCAGCUUGUGUGAGCAGGACCAGCAGAACGCGGUACAGCGCGUGGUGGCCCUGCCCCUGGUCAGGACCACGUGCACCGCCGUCUUGGAUGCUUACAGUGCUGCUAAGGACAGGCACCCGCUGCUGGGCUCCGCCUGCCGCCUGGCCGAGCACUGCGUGUGCGGCCUCACCACCCGGGCCCUGGACCACGCCCAGCCGCUGCUCAGCCACCUGCAGCCCCAGCUGGCCACAGUGAACAAUCUCGCCUGCAGGGGGCUGGACAAGCUGGAGAAGCUGCCUUUUCUCCAGCAACCUUCGGACACGGUGGUGACCUCGGCCAAGGACACGGUGGCCAGCGGCGUGACGGGCGUGGUGGGCCUGGCGCGGCAGGGCCGCCGCUGGAGUAUAGACCUGAAGCGCUCCAUGAGCCACGCCGUGGACGUUGUGCUGGGCAAGUCAGAGGAGCUGGUGGACCACUUCCUGCCCAUGACUGAGGACGAGCUGGCGGCCCUGGCAGCCGAGGCCGAGGGCCCAGAAGUGGGCUCGGUGGAGGAGCAGAGGAGACAUCAGGGCUACUUUGUGCGUUUGGGCUCCCUGUCAGCACGGCUCCGCCACCUGGCCUAUGAACACUCCCUGGGGAAACUGAGGCAGAAGAAACACCACGCCCAGGACACACUGGCCCAGCUGCAGGAGACGCUGGAGCUGAUCAACCUCAUGCAGUGUGGGGCGACCCCCACGGCCCCGGCCCGCCCUGGGAAGGUGCACGAGCUUUGGGAGGACUGGAACCAGCACUCCCCAGAGAACGGCCGCCGCCGCCGCAGCCAGGCGGAGCUGGAGACGCUGGUGCUGUCCCGCAGCCUGAUGAGGGAGCUGCAGGGAACGGUGGACGCGCUGGAGACCAGUGUGCGGGGCCUGCCCCGGGGCGCCCAGGACAAGGUGGCCGAGGUGCGGCGCAGCGUGGACGCCCUGCAGUCCGCCUUCGCCGACGCCCGCUGCUUCGGGGACGUGCCGGCCGCCGCCCUGGCUGAGGGCCGAGGCAGCGUGGCCCGGGCGCACGCCUGCGUGGACGAGCUGCUGGAGCUGGUGCUGCAGGCCGUGCCGCUCCCCUGGCUGGUGGGGCCCUUCGCGCCCAUCCUCGUGGAGCGGCCCGCGCCCCCGCCUGACCUGGAGGCCCUGGUGGACGAGGUGGUGGGGGGCCCUGACCCCCGCUGGGCUCACCUGGACUGGCCGGCGCAGCAGAGGGCCUGGGAGGCCCAGCACGGGGACGGGCCGGCCCCCCCGGAGGACGUUCCCCAGGAGGAGCCCCCGCCCCCCGGCCGCCCCAAGCACACCCUGAUGCCAGAGCUGGACUUCUGACCAUGUGGGGCCAGCGGGGCAGCAGAGGCCACGAGGGCCAGUGUCCCGGGAUCCCUGCUGCCCCCUCGUGGCCGCGUGUGCGCGCUGACAGCCCACGCGGUGACCUCGCCCGGGGGACAGGGCUGGGGGUGGGGGGAGCUGAAUUCAGAAUCCCAGACCCGCUUCACUGCUCUCAGACUCUCCCCAGUCCUUCCCGGGACAAUGAGGACUGGAAUCCAGUUCAGGUCCCACUAGCCCCAGCUGGGUUCAGCUGACUGCGGCCCCCAUCCCUGCACCCCAAGAAACACAUCAAAACCCGCAGAAGCACAUGUUUUGCCCAGUGGCCUCUGGGGUUUUGAAACGUGAGCACCCCCCACUCCCCCGCCACCUUGUACAUCCUGGACUCAGGGUCCCCAAGGAUAUGCAGCUGUAUCAGCCGGACCUGCACAUCCACUUGCUUUGCCCUUUGGGGUUCGUGCUCUAGAAUAAAGGUGCUUUGUGUUGUCCAAA